AUGGGUAUAGAAAGCAUUUAUUAUAGUUCUAAGUUCCUAAUUUUAAACAUCGACAAGGCCGUCCAGUGCAUGAACGAGCUCAUCACCAACACGCUCCAUCACGUUCCUGAUGUCUUGAUCUACUUAUCCCGGCUAAAAAACCGAAGUGUAUUCAAUUUCUGUGCUAUUCCGCAGGUGAUGGCCAUCGCCACUUUGGCUGCCUGCUACAACAACAAGCAGGUCUUCAGGGGCACAGUGAAGAUCCGGAAGGGACAAGCUGUCACCCUAAUGAUGGAUGCCACUAACAUAGACGCUGUCAAAGCCAUCAUGUACCAGUAUGUGGAAGAGAUCUACCAGAAGAUCCCAAGCACUGACCCUUCUUCCAGCAGAACUCAACAGAUCAUCGCCUCCAUCCGAUCCAUGAGUGUACCCAGCAGUGCCCUCCUCUCCCGGAUCCAUUACUCCCCUAUCUAUUUGUCCUGCGUUAUGCUCUUAGCCACCUUGAGCUGGCAGUACCUGAGCACCGUCUCAAAAGCGACUAAGGAAUUCGUGCACACGGGCGAGAACUGAGUACAGAGCUCCGUGGAUGUGUCGCUUUCUGGGAAUUUCCCCCGUUUCUCCUUCUCCCCCUCUUUUUGUGUGUGUGUGUUGGGGAACUGUUGGAUUCCCAGGACUGCAGGGAGCAGGACUCAGACUUUAAUCGCAAGCCAGUUGGGACUGGAUGUUUUAGCCUAGAAACCCCUUCUGGAUUUUGAAGAUCUAACAGAUAGCUGCUUCCAAACUCGGACCUAAUUUCCCUUUUGAAUGAACUGGUUACAAACAAGUCUGUUUUGAGUCUUACUUUAUACUUUUUCUUUACUGCAGACUGUUUUGAUCAAUGUUUUGGACAUGCUGCUUUUUAACUUGGAAGUUAAAGAUGCAUCUUUGUUGCUUGUGACUUUUGACAGUAAAAGAAAUGUGCAAGAUAA